AUGUCUAAGGGAUUAAUCUUCAUUACUGGGGCCUCUGGCUUUAUUGGAAGUGCCACUGCCGUGGAAGCUCUAAAGGCCGGAUAUCAACUACGAGUUUGUCUUCGCAAGCCCUCGGACCACCUGCAGACUUUGCUGUCACAGUACAGCAAGCAGAUCGAAUAUGUCAUCAUUCCAGACCUCACCGAUGAAACGGCAUUCAGUGGCAAGCUGGACGGUGUGGAGUUUGUGCUCCACCUUGCAUCUCCUCUUCCUCAUGGCACCGACAAGGAAACGUACUUCACUCCAGCGGUCAAAGGAACCACUGCCUUGCUGAAGGCGGCAGCCAAGGUACCGAGCAUCAAGAAGAUCGUGAUAACCUCAUCCUCGGCUGCUUUGGUUCCAUUGGCUGGUCUUCCAGAUGGUGGAGUUAUCAAAGAGGACAAUGAUUGGAAUCUCUCAGUCGAUGAAAGGGGAAGUUUCGAGGACCCCGCAAACCCGGCUGCAACACCCAUGAUACUGUACAUGGCUUCCAAACUGCUUGCAAACAAUGCAACCUGGGACUUCUGGAAAACAGCCAAACCUCAGUACGCCUUGGUCUCGAUGCACCCAGGAUAUGUGUAUGGCCCCAAUCUCGUGCAAACAUCUGCGGCAGGAAUUAUGGGAGGGUCCAACUCGGCUCUAUGGGGAUUUAUCAUGGCAGGCACCCCGACUGGGUUUUUGACGGCAGUGCAUGUUCAGGAUGUAGCCGAAGCGCAUAUCAGAGCGCUAGACCCGAAGAUCGUGGAUGGCUCGAAGUAUCUGUUGGUUGGAGAAAGUACUACAGUGCCAGAGAUUGCGCGGUUUGUGAAAAAGCGUUACCCAGAUGCUGGAUCCGUCAUCACCGAGGAUGCGCAAGGUGUGUUGGACCGAACCAAUACGACCAAGGCGGAGACAGAGCUUGGAAUGAAAUGGCGCCCAUUCGAGGACAUAGUGCAGGGGGUGAUGGAUCAGCAGCUUGGUUUUCUCAAGAAUGCAUCGGGUGAGAUUUGA